GCAUAUCCACAUUUCAUCACGAUAAACCCUUACUCGGUAGCCUUCGAUGGCGUUAUCUGUUCUUCGAGCUAUGGGUUCCACAGCCCGCCUCUCUCUUCUUCACAGGCGCCUCUUCUCAUCCUCAACCACUCUUACACAUCCUCCUUCACCCCCUUUUCUCACUCUUUGCCGUCGAUCUCUCCCUCCACUUUCCCAUGUCGUUCGAUCUAACCCUUCUGCCUCCAGGUACACCUCGAUUCGCUGCCGCGUCAAUCGGACAGGUAACUCGUCGUACUCUCCCCAGAACUCUAACUCCAACUUCAGCGAUCGUCCACCCACUGAGAUGGCGCCUCUUUUCCCUGGCUGUGACUAUGAGCAUUGGCUUAUCGUUAUGGACAAGCCUGGAGGUGAGGGUGCCACUAAACAGCAGAUGAUUGAUUGCUACAUUCAGACCCUCGCUAAAGUUCUUGGCAGUGAAGAGGAAGCGAUGAAGAAGAUUUAUAAUGUUUCUUGUGAGAGGUAUUUUGGGUUUGGGUGUGAGAUUGAUGAAGAGACGUCCAACAAGCUCGAAGGUUUGCCUGGUGUUCUAUUUGUUCUACCCGAUUCUUACGUUGACCCUGAAAAUAAAGACUAUGGGGCUGAGUUGUUUGUGAAUGGAGAGAUCGUUCAAAGGUCACCAGAGAGACAGAGAAGGGUGGAGCCACAGCCACAGAGAGCUCAAGAUAGACCAAGGUAUAAUGAUAGAACCCGCUUUGUGAGACGCAGAGAAAACAUGAGGUGAUGCAUCCAUUCGAUAAGUCGAGAAGAUGUGCAUACGACUAGAGAGAGGGGAAAGGGAAUCUGGAAUCAAUGGAAAGGCAAAUUGAAAAACUUGCAGCAAUUGGAAUCAAGAAACUGAAGUAUUUGCUAUAUAUAUAUAUAUAUAUAUAUAAUCAAUACCUCUACUACGUAAAAGAGUGUCAUGCUCAGUAGAUGGUAACUUCGGUUGUUGAUGAACAUGGAUAAAACUUUGCACAUUUGAAGUUUAUAUUAACUACAACUAUUCUUUGGCACAACGUAGCUCUGUAGUGGACUUGAGCAAAUGAUGUAGGGGCAGAGGAACUGAGCAAUGAUGCUGGAUUUGCCUAAGGCUUUGAAGUUUCA